AUGAAAAGUAAAACUCCCAUAAACAUAUAGGAUCGAGAUUUGAUUUCUAAAGUGCAGCAGAAAGAGGCUUAGUUAAGGGAGAUUAGAUUGGAUAAAAAUAAAUAAAUUAAAAUGAACCUGAUUAUUUUAAUUUGCCAUCCUUUAUUCUACCUAACCAAUCUAACGCAUUGAAUCUUUCAGUUUAAUUAACGAGAAGAAUGAAUUCAGACAAUCAUACUCCUGAACUUUAAUAAAAAGCACUUAAUGAGUCUUAGAUGACGAAAUUACUAUUACCCUAAAUAGAUAAUAACUAAGUCAAUUUCUAACAUUCUACACAACUUUAUGGUCUUAGUGAUGAAAAUUUAGGAUUUUAUCAUAAUUUUCUUCAUGAAUAAUCAUUUGAAUAAAAUAUUGAAAAAAAAUAAAUUUUACGAUAAUCCACAUAUACAUAGAAUUAAUUUUAUUUGAAUCAUUCACCUAGAAAAAGAUAAUAUUCUUUUUAGAUUAAUAAAAAUUUUAAAAGCAAUUUAGAUAUAACAAAUGAAAAAGAAGAUUCAAAUGAUAUUGAUGAAAGUAUUUUAAAAAAUGAAAAAAAUAAUAUUUUAAAGGAAAAAGAUAUUUUAUAAGAUGAAGAUGAAGAUGUAUCACAUAUUUCAAAUCCAAUGAUAACGUAAACAACAUUGAAUGUUAAAACAAAAGUAUAAUUUUAAUACAAUAAAAUUAAAAUUUGUAUUAUUAUUGUUAGAGCGAUAUUUAGAAUGUAGAUAUUAAUUAGGUAAUUAAUUUUAAUUAUAAUAAUUUAGACCAUUAAAAUAAAAAUGGAUUUAAAAUUAGUAACUAUUUUGUUAGUUAAUUAAAUUGUUUAAAUUUAAGGAUAAAUUAGUCUAAAACAAAAUAAAAUAAUGGACUCAAAUAUCCUUAACUAAAGUUCUAUCUGUUUUAAGAUUUUAAACACUAAAAUAAUGGAAUUUUAUAGUAAUAUUAAUAUAUUAAGACUUUAGGAAGGGAAUAUUGAAGGUUUCUAAAAAGAUAUGGCUAUUACAAAUUUUUUAAAUUUAUGUUCUCAUCUAAUUACUAAUCUUGAAAUUACAACAUAACCAAACUCUUUUUUACCAGAACUUGGAUAUCAAUCUUAUUUAGAAUAAUUUGUUGAAUAUAGAUAAACAUAUAAUAUUUUUGUGACUAAAAGAACUAAUUAUCUAUAAAACAAAUAUUCUAAAAUAACUCCUAUUGAAAAGGCUAUGAUUGCAACAGAGUGUGUAAUUAUGAAUAAUUUUAUUCCAAAUUUAGUCUUAUUAACCGAAAAUAAAAAGUUUUUCAAUGCAGAUGAUCAAAAUAUCUAAUUUUUAAUUCGUGGAUUUAUAACUAUACUUCAAUAAUUAUUCAUAAUGACUUUUUCAGAUAUUCCAUAAGUAUAAACACUAAAUUCUUAAUUUAAAUAUUAAUAAAUGCAAAUUGGUAGAAGCAAAUAUGGGAUGAUAUUAGUUCCAAUUUAAACAGAAAUGGAAGAGUUUUAUAAAGGAACCUUUAAAUAUGAUUAAUUAAAAUUGAUAUUUGAAAGACGAGGUUUGUUCUCCAAUCUAGUGAAAUAGUUCAAAAAAGUAGUUCAAAAUAUAUACUAACAUAAAAUUUAAGAUUUAUGA